CCGUCCACGGGCGUAGUGUCUGCUGUACAAGAGCAGCUCUUGGAUACCUCCCUCAGCCGUAACAGAACUGCAGGAUCUGUACUGCCGGUGCCGACUCACCCCUAGAUGCGCGUCGCACACGCGUACCGUGCGACAGCAGCAGUUGUUGCGAUGGCCAUUCAAACACGAACAACAGCUGCACGUCGCUCGCCGCGCUUGGCAGCAGAGGUCAGGCGUCGACACGGCAGCAGCGGAGCUUUCAAUGCAGGGCCCUGUCCACCCCGCGAGCCAUUGGGCGUCAGUAACCGACGCGCCAUUGCCACCUCGGCGCGAUCGAAAUCAUCCUCACCUCUCGCUGCUGGAGCGGAGAGCUCCGGCGCUGACGUCCGCCCGAAACGGCGAAUAAGGCGGGUUUCCAAGCCGAAAGGCGUCACGGCCUCGGUCCAGAAAAAGACGAAGUCUACGCUGGGAAGGACGAGAGAGAAUAGGAAGCUCGCUGAGGGGUUCGACGCCGUGAUUGGGUUGGACGAAGCAGGGAGAGGACCGUUUGCAGGGCCGGUUGUCGCAGCCGCGUGUAUGAUUCCCCCGGACGUGAACAUCCUCGGCAUACAGGACAGCAAGAAGAUCACGCAGCACAGCGACCGGGAGACCCUGUUCAAGGAGUUGACGGAGACCCCGGGCGUCAUCUGGGCCACGUCUGAGGUUGGAAGCAGCCGAAUUGAUGAGAUCAACAUCCUCGAGGCCACGAAAGAGGCCAUGACGAACUGCGUGCUUGAAGUGUGCUCCAAAUCUGUGGAACCCAGCGCCAACAAGGGCAUGAAGACAAACUGGAAGAAGAAUGCCUCCGACAAGAAACCGUUUGUGCUGGUGGACGGGAACUUCACGCCCCCCGGGCUGGGGGAUGCGAAGGUUGAAGCCGAGUGCGUCGUCGGCGGGGACGGGCUGGAGUACUGCAUCGCCGCCGCGAGCAUCAUCGCAAAAGUCACGCGAGAUCGGCUCAUGAUCGAGUUCGGGGAGCGCUGGCCAGUAUUCGGGUUCGAGAGGCACAAGGGUUACGGCACGGCCGCCCAUCGCGACGCCAUUCGCGAGCACGGUAUGGUAGAGAUCCACCGCAGGAGCUUUCUAAAGAACAUGGAGUCAUCGGGGGGGAAAUUGGCGGAGUACAAAGAGUAACUGGAGCGAGCCGGGGGUUAGUUAAGAAUAGGUUAGGCAGGUAAAACCACGAGUGCAGAACCGGUCAACAAAGUGUGAGACGCAGUUCUAAGCCAAAAGGAUAAUGAAGAGUAGCGGCGCUACCGGUACGUUACUAGGUACGGCCCAAAGACUGCGCAAUGUAAGCAAAGCAUGACUUUCCAGAUACCUGUGACAUAUCGUCAUCGCUGGAACAGCGUGAGAGUGGUAGGGAAUGGAUGCACUAUGCCGACAGGGUUGCUGAAAGGGGUUGAGACUAUGUCACAGAAUAGCUUGAUAAUGAUCGGGAAUCGAUUCACUCCGACAGGGUCUCCAGAGUGAGGCUGUGACGCGGCAAGCGCACACUUGGUGUGGAUGUAUUUUUGAGGAAAGAGUAUCUGCUUUGAGAAAAUAGUCACGGUGGAGGAUUUUUUUUUUUCGCGAAGACGUAAGCCUUUGCUUUCCACUCAUCGUUCCAUGUUCAAAAGGUGUUUUUGGUCUGUUCACGGCGACCGUGGGCCGGUUGAAGAAUGGUUUGUGGGCUAUAUGUAUGUUUAGCUGCGACGAGAAACCCGACUAGUCUAGCCCAGAAGUUGUAGGAAUACUGUUUUUUUGCAGGUAUUUGUACACCACAACUUCUGUCAAAUGUGCUUUUCAGAACGGCAGUUUUUUUUAAGGCGUCGGCAAAACAAAGCGGUUUGUACUGAAAAAUCCGAGUUGCCAUGACGUUUAUAUUGGGGGUACGCGGGAAAAGUAUGUGCGUAGUACGCCUCCACCUAUGCGUGAGAAGGAGUUCUUCCACGGUAAGUUUUGUCCACACACAAGUCCUCGCGUGCCUAAGAAGCUAUAUAGCGCAGAAAACGAGCACGGUGGACACAUGAAAAGUCGUCUGGUGGUUUACCAGACUCAGGAGUUGACAAUGUGUUGAUUAUGUUCUCACCCCUCAACCUCGUAGUACUAAGAACGUGGGGAAAAGGAGAGGACCGACUUCACUUGCAAUAGUGAGGCGAAAGGAGGGUACCUUGUUUGGGGUUUGGGCAUCUGAGACCCACUGCGUUCUGUGAGGUUGGUUCCCAUCACCGGAGGAAGAGAACGCUCGGUUGCUUUUUGGAAACAGGCAGAGGUCAGGUAUUUAUGGGCAGAUGUGCAGAGGUAAGAUAGAGGGGGCACAGAAGGUGUCUGCGGGAAUCAUGCUUUGCCAGGUUGGUACUCAGUCCUUCCUCGGAGUCUAGAAACAUAACACUGAAACCAACCGAACAACGGUAGUGAAAGGCCCAAGAUUCGGCAGACACUUCACCAAGAACGCACAGGUCAAGUACUACGUAGACAGUGCCAUCAACGUCAUUGUUCCAAGUGGUACCCAGGUUUGGGAAGAUUUUCACGGCGUGAACGCUGCAGCCAUGGG